AUGGUAUACCACCACGGGCUAGGAGCCCUGCCACGAUGCGCCUCACUGAAGCAAUCUCGUUCUCCAUCUAUCAUUCGCCCUAACGACGAUCGUACCGUCCUCCAGUGGCCUCCCUCAUCUUCCGCUACUGCUAUGAUGACAGCAUUAUCAACAACAACCUUGGGCACCUCAACAACAACUCACUACUCAAUCCUCAACAUCCCAUAUCCGCCCCCUCACCGCCUCCUCAAGCCAGAUGUAAAACUGGCCUACCAUCGCGCACUACUCAAACACCAUCCGGACAAAUCUCGCACAGCGUCGUCCAACCCCGCCAAAACCCCCACCACGAGUAUAGCUUUCAGAACCAACGGGGCCAGCACCGGCACUAACUCCAACUCCCAAUAUAUGACUGAUAGAGAGACGACGACAACAUCUAGUAUAACCACUAUAACCACUGAAGCUUCAAAUCCAGCUGGCACAGCCAAAGUCUCACCGCCUCUACCCCAUGCCCCGCAGCUGAGAUACACAAUAGACCAAAUAACUACGGCAUACAAAGUCCUGUCAGAUCCCGUCGCACGAGCGGAAUAUGACCGCUCCCUACGUCUCUUAGGGAUAAAUGGUGACAGGCAUGGACAUGGACAUGGAGAUGAUGAGGGUACACCCUUUAGAACUAGCAUGGAGGUUUUCGACCUAGACGAUAUGCAGAUGGCGGAUGGCACUUUUGGUCCUGACUUCGGUACCAACUCUGACGACAACGGUAGUGGUGGGACAUGGUAUCAUUCCUGCCGCUGCGGGGAAGAGAAGGGGUUCGUGGUGUUGGAAGAGGAGCUGGAGAGGGAAGCGGAGAGGGGAGAGGUGGUUGUCGGGUGUCGUGGGUGUAGUCUAUGGGCUACAGUUGUAUUUGCUGUUGACGAGAGCGGCGAGGAGGAAAUGGAAAAUGACCGGAUAUCGUGA